UCUUGCACCUAACACACCCUCGUGGAACCUCGCCCUCGACUCGUACCUAAAUGGUGCAUACCACUUCCCUACGGACAAAGGUGCGGAGCACAUUUUGCCAUGGUGGAGUGCUUACGGGAACAAGUUUGCACCACUCGGCGCGAUUGCGCACGAUGUCUUGGUCAUUCAGGGUACCAGCACGCCUGUCGAGUGCCUGUUCUUGAGCAGCGGCCUCACUCUCCGCAACAACUGGUCGUGA